AUGCUGAUGAACAUCCAGAUACAGAGCAGAGCCAUCAGCUAUGCAGACUACAUCACACAGAUGUUCUGCUUCCUUCUUUUAAUUGGGUUGGACAACUGCCUCCUGGUUGUGAGGGAUUAUGACUGCUUUGUGGCCAUCUAUCACCCCCUGCACUACACGGUCAUCAUGAACCGUUGGCUCUGUGUGCAGCUGCUUCUGGUAUGCUGGACCAUUAGUCUCCUGCACGCCUUGUUGCACAGCUUAAUGCUUUUACCGCUGUCUUUCUGCACAGACAUAGAAAUCCCACACUUUUUCUGUGAGCUGGACCAGGUGGUCCACAGAACCUGUUCUGACACCUUUCUCAAUGACCUGACGAUCUAUGGUGCAUCUGUGCUGAUGGGAUGUGGGUUCCUUGCCAGGAUUCAGUUCUCCUACUCCAAGAUCAUCUCCACCAUCCCUGCCAGCUCGUCAGCUCAGGGACUGGGUGUGUACCUCAGUUCUGCUACUACACACAACUCAAAUUCAACAGCCAUAGCCUCAGUGAUGUACACCGUGGUCACCCCCAUGCUAAACCCCUUCAUCUACAGUCUCAGGAAUGAAGACAUCAAGAGGGCCCUGGGAGGAACUUUUCGGUGGAAGCCAUCAACUGGCCAGGUGUCUUAG